GCAAUUUUAUGGCAGGCGGCUGGACAGGGAUCUGUUUCGGGGAAGAAGCCUCCAACAUCCCGAGCAGGACCCAGGUCGUCGAGGAGUUCCGAAAAUUGGGCAUCACCCGCGUCCGCCUCUACCACACUUUCCAGAGCACGCUCCAGGCUUUCUCCAACAGCGGCAUUCAACUCACCGUGGGCAUAACGAACGCAGAUAUCGUCAAGACCUUAUCAAGUGUGGGCUCUGCCAGAAGCUGGGUCGAUCGCAUCAUCGUCCCUUAUGGCUCCAGUAACAUCGUCGCUGUUACGGUGGGAAACGAAGUCUUUACUUUGACGGCGGACAAUUUGAAAAACGCACUGCUGCGUUCGAUGAAGAAUCUGAGAGUUGCGCUGAAUCAGGCCGGUAAGAGUGGGAUCAAGGUCACAACAGCUCACUCUUUCGACGUCGUCACGAACAUCUUCCCCCCAUCUAGCGGCCAGUUCGCUGACACCGGAAGGAUGCAGCCCUUGGUGAACUGGCUGGCCAGGGUAGGAUCCGAUUUCAUCUGCAACAUCUACCCUUACUUCAAGUACAUGGACUCCAAUGGGCAAAUCACGUUGCAAUAUGGCCGUCUUGAAUCUGGUUCUGUCAUAGAUUCAAACAAUGGCAAGAUAUAUACAAAUCUUCUCGCACAGCAGCUGGACGCAGUUUAUGCAGCUCUGGGGAGAUUGGGGCAGGAAGAGAUGCGCGUGGUCGUUGGGGAGAUCGGCUGGCCCACUUCAGGAGGCACUGCCACAGAUACGAACAACGCUCGGAUCCACAACCAAAAUCUGGUGAACUUAUCUAGAGGAGGAACGCCACUCAAGCCCAACUGGGGAAUCCAGACUUAUAUUUUUGCAAUGUUCGACGAGAAUCAGAAGGCUGCUGGCUUACAGAAGAGCUGGGGAUUGUACAAUCCAAGAAUCUUCCAAGCGAAGUAUACCAUCAACUACGGAAACUCACCGACCCUUAGAAAUCGUAUCACCCAGGGAAUGAGACUGAGUAGUGGACAGUUUGUCAUGUCCAAAAAUAAAGUCUACAAGUUUAUCAUGGAGGCUGACGGUAACUUGGUCCUGUAUCAAACUGGUGUCGGACCUCUGUGGGCCAGCCAUACCGUUGGCAGCGCCUCGGAUGGUUACUUGGAGCUGCAAUCCGAUGGAAACGCUGUAGUGUACGGUGGCGGUGUUGUACACUGGUCUUCGGAUACUUUGGGGCGUAAUGAUGGAGCUCACCGCAUCGAACUUCAGGACGAUGGCAACACUGUCAUGUACAACGAAGCAAAUGAAGCCAUUUGGGCUACCAACACAUCGAGCAAUCGCAUCACCCAGGGAAUGAGACUGAGUAGCGGACAGUUUGUGGAUUCCAUAAAUCGAGCCUACAGGUUAAUCAUGCAGGCUGACUGCAACUUGGUCCUGGAUCACAUUGGUGUCGGACGUCUGUGGGCCAGCAAUACCCAUGGAAUGGCCUCGGAUGGUUAUAUGGAGCUGCGAUCCGAUGGAAACGCGGUAGUGUAUGGUGGCGGUGUUGUACACUGGUCUUCGGAUACUUUGGGGCGUAAUGAUGGAGCUCACCGCAUCGACGUUCAGGACGAUGGCAACACUGUCAUGUACAACGAAGCAAAUCAAGUCAUUUGGGCGACUAACACAGCAGGGAGAUGAGAGAUUUAUGGAUUUGUCGAAGAAGAGAACAUGUGCGAUCUAUGUCGGUCACUGAAGAACUCCAGUGACCCACAUAAGCGAACAUGCUUAGUCCAUGGAGCUAACUAACUGCAUCAGAUAAGAUUGAGCUUAGAUAUGCAACUGUUCAAGUCAUAUAAAAUCUCUAGAUCACUAUCGACCAUCUACAAAUUGAAGCUGCUUUCAAACACUCUGGCUUUGAUCUGACGGAGUCAGGGGCCGUCUCGGGAUUUCUUGCUCUGUAUCUUCAUCAGGUUACCAUUAGUAUCCGUCUGUCUUCGCAUAUACGGGUCUAGGACGUGUACCUCGUAAAGAUCAGAUCCUGCAAACUUUUUGUUCUCUUCAAUUCGGUGAAUCGGAAAGGGUAACAAUCUCCUUAACGCGUAUCUCAAUAUAUCAAUCAAGUGCAUUGUAGAGCAUGCCAGGCAC